CCGCUCGGGAGCGUUUCACCAACACUUUAAGGGCACGGGAGCGCACGUGGGCCACGAACAAUGUUUAACCAACAAUGUUAACCAAAAUGCGAACCCUGUGCAAACCUUUGGCACUUGUGGGUCUCCUGACAAUGGAUUGAAGACACCGCCUCCCCCCCCCAGGAACAUCCUUAGUUACAUUCCCGUGCCGUACAGCUCCGUUGGUGCGCGAGAGGCCGCGGUGAGAUGUUGUCGCUCCCUCCCAAUUAGGGGGGGCCACGAAUCGAUCGGACCGCAGGCACGAAGGCCGGCGCCGCCGCAUCCUCUGAAGCAUCGCAACGUCGCAACGGAGCGUGCGGGGCCAUGGAUCCCUCGGUGUCGUUCGACGGCAGGAGGGUGGAGCUCUGCGACGGUGCGGCCAAGGGGGCCCAAACGGCGCUCGAGAAUGGAAACUCCUUCACGGUGGACACGGCGAGCGAUCGCGCCAGAGCCACCAUGGAGCCGGUGGUGAUGUCACUGUGUCUCAGGGCCCUGAGUUUGCUGCUGAUCGUUGUGGACCUGGCCCUGGUCGUGGGCGACCUCUCGACCCCCGUGAAACCCGCCGUGGCUUCCCGUGCCCUCUCCGCCUCCUCGCUCGCCAUCUCCGUCUUCUUCUUGGUCGACGUCGCCCUCCGCGUCUUCGUUUCGGGAUUCAGGUCGUACUUCCGGGAGAAGCUGAACAUCGCCGAUGCGGGCAUCGUCGUGAUCACCCUCGUCGUCUCCAUCGUGUACACGUCAAUCGACCUCUCCGGGACGGCUCUACUACCCCGGCUGGUGAGCGUGCUGCGCGUGCUGCGUUUGAUUAUGAUCAUUCGUGUCUGGCGCCUCGUGUCCCAGAGGCAUCACCUGGAGAAGGCAUCGCGACAGAUGGUUUCUCAAAACAAGCGACGGUACCGGAAGGAUGGGUUUGACCUUGACCUCACCUAUGUGACAGAGCGUGUGAUCGCGAUGUCGUUCCCCUCCUCUGGAACCCAGUCCAUGUACCGCAACCCCAUCAAGGAAGUGCAGCGGUUCUUGAAUUCAAAACACAUGGACCACUACAAAGUCUACAACCUAUGCAGUGAGAAGGGCUACGACGCCAAAUACUUCCACUACCGCGUGGACCGCAUCUUCAUCGACGACCACAACGUCCCGUCGCUUGCGGACAUGGUGAGGUUCACCGCCAGCGUUCGGGACUGGAUGGCCCAAGAUCCCAAGAACAUCAUCGCCGUCCACUGCAAAGGGGGCAAAGGUCGCACGGGCACCAUGAUUUGCACCUGGCUGGUCGACAGCGACGAGUUUGAGGGAGCCCAGGCGAGUCUGGAUUACUUUGGCGAGCGCCGCACUGACAGAACGAAGAGCGUCAAGUUCCAGGGCGUGGAGACUCCGUCCCAGAGCCGCUACGUGGGAUACUACGAGGCCGUCAAGAGGGAGCACAACCGGCAGCUGCCCCCCGCGAAGAGACUCCUCAUCAAGGCCUUCGUCAUCCAGGCCAUACAAGGGGUCGGUCGGGGCAACGGCAGCGACCUCAGCGUGGAGGUCAUCGUGGACAAGAAGACGGUGCUGCUCGCAGACUGCGGAAAGAUGAUGCACUGCAAGCUGUUCCACGAUGCGGCGAGGGACGCGGUGCGGAUCGGACUCGCCCCGCCGCUGCUCGUGAGCGGCGACGUCAAAGUUAAAUUCCACUCGUCCGCGGGCCUGGCUAAGGGCUAUGAUGACUGCCCGUUCUUCUUCUGGUUCAACACGACGUUCAUCGAGAACUAUCGGCUGUUGUUACCACGGUUCGAGCUGGACAACCCUCACAAGCAGGCCACGUGGGCCACCUACCUGGAGGCCUUCUCCGUGGAGGUCAUCUUCUCGGCACCAAACGAGCCCGGCGCGGACAUGCAGGGGCCUGCACAGAUCGACGCUCACGAGGCCGUGUGAAUUCCAUCUCCGUGCGGGACGUCUCCCCGCCAC